GCUGAGCAGCGAUGAGACCUCGGGAGGCUGCCCGAGUUCUGCAUCCUGAGCUGGGCCCAGGGGAGAGGGCCACUGGCUGACCCGGGGCUCCUGCCCCUGUGCUGACCCCUCCUCCCUUGCCAGUGCCACUCUGGCCCCUCUGGGAGGGGCUGGGGGCAGCAGUGGGGUGCGCUGGUGUAGUCCCAGCCCUCGCGGCAGGCCGUGAGCUCACACACGUGACCCCACCAGGCCCGGUAAACAGGAUGGGUGCCUGGGUCAGCAGCUCCCUCCCUAGGUCUUCCCCGCCCCCUCAUUCCUCGGGGGUGGCCCACCUGCCCAGCUCCCCAGCUCCCCGCCCAGCUUUCUCAGCUCAGAGCAGCCGGGAUGCUAACUGAGACGCCCCGAUGACCCCUCUCAGGGUCGUAGCCACUUCCUUCCCCGACAGAUGCCUGGCGUCCCCACCGAGGGCGGUCUCCCGGGUCCCAGGCUCUCUAUGGCUGGAAGGUGUGGAAGUGUGAGGCAGUCACCUUUAGGUGGCAGUAUGGGAGGGGAGAGAGAUGGGAGAGACAAAGGCCGAUGGAAACAGAGAGGAAGGCUGAGGAAGGGCACCUGCAGCGGCAGGUGGCGUCCAGCCAUUCUGGCGUCCCCGACCCAGGCUGGCUUACACCUAGGGUGGGUCCUAUCCUGCUGCAUUCCCUACCCUCGCCCCCCUGAUGAGGUCCUGCCUGAUUCCUCUCUCCUAAGUCCCCCCUACCCCCCCACCUCUAGGAGACACUACCAGCCUAUCACCUCAGAUGCAACCUCCUACCCUGCGCCCCAGACUCCUGGGGUUGGGAAAUGGGAACACUUUGGCACCGGUCUCAUCCCAUUUCCCCCUCCCUCCCUGAUGCACGGGCUCCCUCUCUGUUUCGACACAGGCUCUCAGGCUCACAAUUACAGCUCACCUAUGGGUGGCUGGGCCUGAGUCACUGGGGGGAGGGACUCUGGGCUGCCCAGCCCUGCCACCUUCUUCCAAGCUACAGUAUAAGGAGUAGCGGCGGGGACAAGGGCUGUGGGAAAACAGGGACAUCUGGGAAAGGAGAGAGAAGGCUGCAGACCUAGAGGAAGGGAGAACGAGAAGUCAGAAGGAAGGAGAGGAGGGAGGAGGGCACGCAGACGCGGGGAAAGAGAAAGGGCAAGCGAGUAAACUUGGGUGGGAAGAAGACACUCAGGAGAGAAGGAACGAGGCAGAGAUGAAGCUACAGGGGUGUCUGGCCUGCCUCCUGCUGGCCCUGUGCCUGGGCAGUGGGGAGGCUGGCCUACUGCUGAGUGGAGGGGAGAGCUCUGGAGCAGGGGCCAUGGAGACCACUGGACACGGGGUGGGAGAGGCCAUUGGACAAGAAGUGGGAGAGGCCAUCAAGCACGGAGUCGGGGAGGCCACUGGCGGAGGGGAUGGAGAGGCAGCGGGUUCUGGAGUCAAGGAGACCAUGGGCCCCGGCGUGGGGGAUGCUCUCGCCCGUGGGGUUGAGGAAGCGGCCCAUGCUCUUGGAAACACUGGGAGUGAGGCUGGCAGACAGGCUGAGAAUGUCAUUCAGCACGGAGUGGACGCUGCCCACAGCUCCUCGCAGGGGAUGCCUGGCGGCAACGGUGCUUUGGGAACCAAUGGGCAGCCUCCUUGUGGAGGCCAUGGCUCCUCUGGCUCUCCAGGCAAUCCUGGAGGUCCAGGGAUUCCCUGGGACCAGGUGUAUUCUGGAGGCUCAGGUGGCAGCUUUGGGACCAACUCUCAGGGAGGCUCCUGGGGCCACGAAGGCUAUGGAGGGGCAUUCAACCUAGGCACCAACACUCAGGCAGCUGUGGCCCAACCUCCUUAUGGCUCAAGGAGAAGCAGUGACAACCCAAAUGCAGAGGGAAGCAGCAAUGAUGGCAGGAACAGCGGUGGCAGCAUCAGUGGUGGCAGCAGCGGCGGCAGCAACAGCAGCAGCGGUGGCAGUUCUGAGCUCCACUGGAACUCUCAGCUGUUUCCUGGGCUCUUCGGCUUGGACACUUUCUGGAAGAAUUUAAAAUCCAAGCUGGGUUUCAUGAACUGGGACACCAUCAGCAAGAACCAAAUCCCAGACCUCAGGACUCGCAUCUUCCUCUACUUCUGUCGACUCUGGGAGAAGUUCAAACAAAGCACUCCUUUCUUGAACUGGAAAGCAAUUACUGAGAACUACGAUUAUAACCAGCAGAAAUACCCUACUGCCAGUGGGGGGCAGCACUCAGCCCAGAUCCCCACUAAGUGCGGAGUCACGGUUUCUUCCUCGGCUUCCCGGGCGCGACCUGACCUGCUGCAGUGGGUGAAGUUUUGGUAGAAAAUCACUUCCAACUGCGACUGAAGCCCUGAGAACCGUCAGUCAUCAAGGGACCUGACUGUGCCCCUCCCCCAGCUCUUGGUAUGGGUGCUAACACCUGCUUUUUCUAGGUUGGGUACCUAUCUGUCUAUCCCUUGUUUCCUCCCACCCACUGUGGUGUCUCCUUGACCGUCAGCCUCAGUGGAUACACCAGCCAUUGCUUCACCUGCUCCAUUUUGUGACCUGAAGUUACCGUGACAGAAAUUCAGGAGGCGCGUCCUACUUUAGAGUUUCUCUGUGGAAAUAAAACAUGAGUCUUGUUUCCCUAA